UUACUCGUUGACCGUACACAAACACACUUCAAUCUCUCUCUCUGUGCUUCAUUUUCUCACACACAACUCAACUUCCACAAUCACAUACAAAUAACAAUCUUUCUUCUGACUCAUUUUCCCUCACAAACCUCAACACACACAAACAUUAUUUGUAGCAUUAACAGCUACUACUUUAAACUUUAUAUCCAACUCAAAUACCGACUAAUCUGAGAAAACCAAUCUCACCGUAGCCGAGCUCAUAACUGGUACUUAGUAGGAUUAUUAUAUUUUUCUUAAAUGGCUGAUACUCGCCGGUGAUGAUGAAGAUCUCCGGCGAAUCUCACCGACAGACUCCGUCAUUCACGGCGAGCAUUGCUUCCAACAACUCUCCCGAUUCAGAUCUUCGACCACACCGGAGAAGUUCUCGCCGGAAGUUCAAGACUCCGGGGAGUCGUUUGAGGAGAAGCGGUACGUCUUCCGGGAGACGGAGUAGGCCGGAAACUCCUUCGUCGAAGUGGAAAAUCCCAGAAGAUGGAGAGGGGAGUGUUGUUGACGGUGGUGGUGAUCCGGUGGAGGUUUGUCGGAAAAGUGAGCAGCAGCAGCAGAAGAAGCCGGUGGUGACUGUGUCGGCGAGGAAGCUUGGUGCUGGACUUUGGCGGUUGCAGUUGCCGGAGGUUGCGGUGGGUGGUGAUUGUGGAACUCGUGGUGGUUUGAGACUUCAGCAGAACGGAAUUGGCUAUGCAGACCACCCAUGUCUUAGUAAUCAAAAUGCCGUUAUGCAUGGAUCUGAUAUCAAGAAUCCAUCACAAACCCGUCAUUCCAUUUCUAGGACAAAGGAUGGACAUUUUUGUGAGCUCGACCCUUCCUUCCAGUUUUCCUCUGCUGCAAUGGAGGGAAUGACAAAGUGGGAUCCUGUUAGUUUAAAAACAUCCAAUGAAGGGCAACAUAUCUACAGCCAGAUGGAACUUCUAGACCAAAAGGAUAGCACUGUUUCUGCUCUUGAAGCAGAAUUAGAGCAGGCUCGAGUGCGGAUUCAGGAGCUCGAGACUGAACGACAUUCCUCCAAAAAGAAACUUGAGCAUUUCUUAAAGAAAGUCAGUGAGGAAAGAGCCUCUUGGAGAAGCAAAGAGCAUGAAAAAAUCCGUGUGUAUAUUGAUGACAUUAAAACAGAUUUAAAUCGAGAAAGGAAAAGUCGUCAAAGGGCUGAAAUUGUCAAUUCCAGGUUGGUAAAUGAGUUGGCUGAUGCUAAGUUAUUAGCAAAACGCUGCAUGCAGGACUAUGAGAAAGAAAGGAAGGCCCGAGAAUUGAUUGAGGAGGUAUGUGACGAGCUUGCUAAGGAAAUUGGAGAAGACAAGGCUGAAGUUGAAGAAUUAAAGAGAGAGUCUAUGAAUCUCAGGGAAGAAAUGGAUGAAGAGAGAAGGAUGUUACAGAUGGCUGAAGUAUGGCGUGAAGAACGUGUUCAUAUGAAACUGAUAGACGCAAAAGUUGCUCUUGACGAGAAGUAUUCACAGAUGAAUGAACUUGUAGCAUACUUGGAAACCUUUCUUAAAUCAGUAAAUAUGAACUCAGAUGCUAAGGAGAUCAGAGAGGCACAAUCUCUUCAACAGGCCGCGGCUUCAGUGAACAUUCAAGACCUCAAGGGGUUUUCCUAUGAGCCAUCCAAUCCAGACGAUAUUUUUGCCAUUUUUGAAGAUGUAAAUUCUGGUGAACCCAACGAGAGGGAGGCUGAAUCAUGCAUUGCUUACUCUCCGGUGAGUCACGCCUCAAAGAUUCACACGGUUAGUCCUGAAGCCAAAUCCAUAAAUAAGAAUAGCUUUCAGAGACGUUCCGACAUAUAUAUUGAUAACAACUGUGAUAUUGAAGAAGAUGAAAGUGGAUGGGAAACUGCGAGCCAUGUUGAAGAUCAAGGAUCAAGUUGUUCACUAGAAGGAAGUGCCCCUUCAGUGACUAAGAAAGAUCGUAAGAGCAAUGUCUCGAGGAUGAGUGUGAUAGAAUGGGAAGGAAAUGCAGGUGAAGAGACCCCAUUAACUGAAAUAAGUGAAGUAUAUUCAGUACCAACGAAGCAAUCGAAGAGGAUAUCAUCCAUAGCUAGGCUUUGGAGGUCAGGACCAACCAAUGAGGACAAUUACAAGAUAAUCUCUAUGGAUGGAAUGAACGGGAGGCUUUCAAAUGGAAAGGUAUCUAAUGGUGGCAUCAUGUCUCCUGAAUGGGGAGUUGAUAAAGGUGGACUAAGCCCCCAAGACAUUUUAUGUCAGUUAAGUUCUCCCGAUUCGGGAAGCGUGCAUAAUCGAGGCAUGAAAGGAUGCAUUCCUCGCACAGGACCGAAGGGUAGUUUGAAAGCAAGACUUAUGGAGGCUAGGAUAGAAAGCAACAAGGUUCAGCUGCGCCAUGUUCUGAAACAGAAGAUUUAGAUGUGAACUUAACCAAAGAUUGCUCAUUUGCAUAACUGAAGAAUGACACACAAACAGCAUUUUGGUUUGAAUUGUAGGAGUACAAAAACUGCUCAGAAAUGGUGGGGGUUUAUAAAUAAAUGUAAUUUUACUGCCUUAGAAUUUACCAGUUUUAAUUCUUCAUUUUCACUCAUUAAGCACUUAGCAGAUAAUAUUUUCCUCCCAUUGUGCCAAUGUCUCAAUAAUACUCUUGGGAAAUUUUGUAAUCUAUCAUGAACUGGCCUUGCUUCAUUUUGUGUAAUGAAAACUAUGAGAAGCAUGUUGCUUUUGUUGUAUCAAGACAUAUAUGCAGGGAAACUAGAUUAACAUAAAUUAUAAUAAAUGAUAUCAUUUUCUUUUCCC